UCCAAAGCAGUACGCGCGUGUGUGUCUCCACUUCCGGGGACUUGGCUGGCGCGCUGCGGUCUGACGGGGCGGAUUAAGAGCCCAAAUAUGAAUUAAUAACCAACUCAGAGCAGUGCAAACCCACGAGGUCCUCAUAACGUACCGGCGAGGAGAAAGAGAGACAGUGACGUACUUUUACGCACAGGUGUCGCGCUUGGAGGUGAAGAGGACACCAAACAAAUAACUGAAACCAGGACAAAGUGGAGUGAAACCCUUAUAGGAAAAAUACUGAAAAAGGAAGCAGCAUGAAGCUAAAAGAUGAACUAAACCCUGUGAUACUUUUACUCUUCCACAUUAUUGUUGGAUUGUACACUGUGCUCACAUUCCUACCAUCCUACCUCUUAAGCAUGCUCUCCUCUUCUGAUCAAAUCCACUACGGCUCUGAGGAGGACAGAGCCAGAAGAACCAAGGCCAAAUCAGUGUCCGGGCGACCUGAGGGACCCUACAGAGCCAUAAGCGCCACCAAGAGGCUACUGACGAUGGUGCACCCUGGAGUGGACACGCUGGAUAAGAUGUUGGAGUACGCAGCAGUGAAGUUUCCUCACCGGGACUUUCUUGGAACGAGGGAAGUGAUCUGUGAAGAGGACGAGAAACAGAGCAAUGGGAAAGUCUUCAAGAAGGUGAUCCUGGGUCAGUACCGCUGGCUGUCGUAUGAGAAGGCCCACAGGUUGGCGAGGCAGUUUGGCAGUGGACUCUUGGCUUUGGGACAACAGCCCAAAAACAAUAUCGCCAUCUUCUGUGAGACGAGGGCAGAGUGGAUGAUCGCUGCUCAGGCCUGCUUCAUGUACAACUUUCCCUUGGUGACCCUUUACUCCACUCUGGGAGGUCCAGCCAUCGCCCACGGUCUAAAAGAGGCAGAGGUCACUCACAUCAUCACGAGCAAAGAGCUGCUAGAAACCAGACUCAAGGCCAUCCUAAUAGAAGUGCCCAGACUCCAGCACAUCAUUGUAGUGGAUGACUACCCCUCCUCAUGGCCCGGUUUCCCGAGAGGCGUCAGUGUUCACAAUAUGGAAGCUGUUCAGAAGCUCGGAGCAAAGCCUGAGAACGCUUCUUGUGAGCGUAAGCAGCCUCUCCCCUCAGACAUCGCGGUCAUUAUGUACACCAGCGGCUCCACAGGGGCACCCAAAGGAGUCAUGAUCUCCCAUAGCAACAUCUUGGCGGGAAUCACGGGCAUGGCCGAGCGCAUCCCCAACCUCUGUGAGAAGGACACAUACAUCGGGUACCUGCCCCUGGCCCAUGUGCUGGAGCUGAGUGCGGAGCUGGUGUGUGUCUCCCAUGGGUGUCGCAUUGGCUACUCCUCCCCGCAAACAUUAGUUGAUCAGUCUACAAAGAUAAAGAAGGGAAGUAAAGGAGACACGAGCGUUCUGCAGCCCACUCUGAUGGCAGCUGUCCCAGAGAUAAUGGAUCGUAUCUAUAAAAACAUCAUGGGCAAAGUGGAGGAGAUGACGUACUUCCAGAAAACGCUCUUCACUUUGGCCUACAGCUACAAACUGAACCAGUUCAGCAAAGGCAACAGCACUCCUCUGUGCGACAGACUGGUUUUCCGUAAGGUGCGCUCUCUGUUGGGUGGGCGUGUCCGGGUGCUCCUGUCGGGGGGUGCUCCUCUGUCUGCGGCCACUCAGCGCUUCAUGAAUGUAUGCUUUUGUUGUCCUGUGGGUCAGGGCUACGGACUGACCGAGACCUGUGGCGCUGGGACUGUCAGUGAAUUGUGGGACUACAGCACAGGCAGAGUGGGAGAGCCUCUGGUCUGCUGUGAGAUUAAGCUCAGAGACUGGGUCGAAGCUGGAUAUCGGAGCACGGACAAGCCCCAUCCCAGAGGAGAGAUCUUGAUUGGAGGUCCGAAUGUUACGAUGGGCUACUACAAAACUGAUCCCAAAAUGCAACAGGACUUUGAGGUGGACGAGACCGGCCAGCGCUGGUUCUGCACUGGGGACGUUGGAGAGUUCCAUGACGACGGAUGUCUGAAAAUAAUUGACAGAAAGAAGGACCUGGUGAAGCUUCAGGCUGGAGAGUAUGUGUCUCUGGGGAAAGUGGAAGCCAUGUUGAAAAACUGUUCUCUCAUCGACAACAUCUGUGCCUACGCCAACAGUGACGAGACAUACGUGAUUGGUUUCGCAGUGCCCAAUCAGAAGCACUUCCUAUCCCUGGCGGAACAAUAUGGCGUCCGAGGAUCUUUUACAGAACUGUGCAACAACCCCACGAUGGAGGAGCUGAUGCUCAAGGUCCUGACGGAGGCGGCUCUGGCAGCUCAGCUAGAGCGUUUUGAGAUUCCUCGUAAGAUCUGCCUCAGCCCUGACCCCUGGACCCCAGAGACUGGACUGGUGACUGACGCCUUCAAACUCAAGCGCAAAGAGCUCAAGUCCCAUUAUAAAGAUGACAUCGAGAGAAUGUAUGGCGGAAAGUGACCAGGAAACAGGAAAUUAUCUAAUUUCUUCUUCAAACUUCUCUUCCAUUAAAAAUCUACUUAAAGGACUUGUACCUGAUUUUGAUCCAGGAGUCAUGAACAUGUUUUAGUUUGAACUUUUAGCUUUGCCCACAAUCCUUCCUGCUGCACCAUGACACAGAAAACUACUGUCUGGGAUAGUAUCAUGGAGUUGUUUCCUUCUAGUUUUCCUAUCUUUACUUAAUAUAAAGAAGAGCUUUUCGGGGUUGUUUUCCCUUCUCAUUUCCUCUCUCAGUUGUAUUUGGAGUGCAUGCCAUGCAUGUUUGAGCGAUCUUUUAAGUACUUGUUUUCAAGACGCCAUAUUUCUGAUCAACUCCAGUUUUCACCUGUAGUGGUAUACGCCCACUGCUCUCUACUUACUUUGUUCUCCAAUUACAUUUUCCACAGGAUUUGGCAGCAUCACAUAAUCAUUUUGGUACAAAUGAAAAAAAUAUCUGCAGCUCACUAGUCUGAUGUGCAGUUGUCCAUCAGAGGCACCCACAGCUUCAUGGCUCUUUGUUGUAAUGAAAUGUAUGCUGUUGUCUGCUCCCAUUGAGCACUGCACUUUUAGAUGAAUAAUUGCAAAUUAUAACAGAAUGAUCCACAGGUGUCAUAUUAUCUACAACUACAGCAAACACAAGCACAAUAGUCUUUUAAGCUUUAAGCUUUUUUGCCACUCCCAUGAUACAGUCUCAAUAUUUCUUAUUUAGCUGCUAUAAAUAUACAAUGCAUAAUGUAAAGAGCAUUUUUCUUGACUAGAAUAAUUUAAAUCAGGUACCAGCCCUUUAACAGUGGUUGUAGAGUUUGUUUACAUUACAGUGUCCCCCAUUAAUAUCCCUGACACACAGAGUAAACUGAUAUUAAUGGGGACUCUUUAUAUUCAUAUUAACCCUUUUACAUCCCUUUUACUUGAAUCUGUAUAAAGGUACACCAUGUAAUUUUCUGGUGAGGGGUUGGCCACCUGCUUCCCUCCAUGUACGCAGAUAUUAAUGCCAUGAGGUGGGACGUUCUUGGCAAAGUAAUAACAUCUCUAUGGAGACAUGCAGGUGGCUCACCCCUCACAGGAAAAGUUAUAUAAUACACCGUUAAAUUGCACAUCUUGACGUGAUCCAGGAAGUUUAUUGUCAUUGUGUAAAACUGUUAGACAGACACACAAUGUCUCUGACCUUUGACCUCCUUUGAAACUUUGACCCCUGAACUCCGCACGGGAGAGAGAGUGUUGUGUUGUUUCAGGUGGGAGUUAUGAAACUGCCCCAUGUGGUGAUCUGGUGAACUCUCCACUCUCUGUUGGUUACUGAUUAUUUUUAUUGUUUUGCUUUUUAACCAGAGACUGACCUACCAAUGGUCUAAACUCUUUUAUAUGGCAACCAGCCACAUUCAUAUUUUGACAGUGAAUGAACACAACAGUAUGUGCAUUAUAUGUUAUAAGGUGGGUGGAUAGAACUUCAAAUAAGAGGAUCAUAACUUCGAAAUGGUAGAAGUACAAAGUAUUGGUCCAAGAAAUUACUCAAGUUAAGAGUAAAAAUUAUUUGGGUUAGGGUUAGAAAGAAGAAAACCCUAUUGUCUAAACAAAAUAUCAGAUUUCAAAUUUUAAAUGUAUGUAGUACAGGAAGGACAAAACUCUAAAUAAUUCAAUGUCCAUGCUCCCACAUGACAAUUCUCCAUAAAUAUACAAAAACAUGAUACAAAACUGUACACAGCAACUUGACAAACCUGAUGCGAUUUGCACUAGUUUAAUUAGUGUGUGAACGCUGGUUAUGAAAUAAAACAUAUAAAACAUGUUCACGUGUUGCUUUCGGCAGAUAUAGUAUUUUCAAAACUAUAAAAGGUAACACAGCGAUUUACAUAUGUUUUGUGUUACCCCCAUAGAAGUAAAAUAACCCCCUCUUUAAUAUUUCAGCUACAGCAUUCACUUUUAAAGCCUUUCUGCAGGUCAGGAAUAUGGCUUUGUAUAUAUUCAUUCACAACUACAAUAACACAAAGCACAAUAUGAAAUAGUAAUAUUUGUUUAAAUAUUUCAGAAAAAUUAACUUAAACUGGUGUCGCUACAAUGCCUUUGGGUAUGGAUUUUGUAAUUUUCUAUCUCUUCUAUAGAUCACUGUAUGAACAAAUGCACAAAUGAUUUUUCCCAUGAACUCACUGGUAUGUUUUAUGGUGCAAUAAGGAGAUGUAUGAUUCUGGCCCUAUAUGUUAGUAGUAGUUAAUUUAAACAAAUAUUUAUGGGCAGACUGUGUAACUUUUCUCCAUAGAGAUAAUACUGCUUUACCUAAAAUUUUUCUCAGUAUUGCAUUAAAUAUAUCUUUUUUCACUGAGAAAAGCACUUCAAAGUACAAAUCAGAUCUCUGGAGAGGUGAGUCUGCUCACUGUAUGAAUGUUUUUAUUUUUAGACAGUGACGCAUUUCACAGGGGAAAAUUUGAGGCAAAACAAUCACAUCCCCAAGGAGACCCAUGCACCAGAAAAGUUACACAGUGUGGCUUUAAAGUUUUCUUAUUCUUCCUGCACCUUUUCAUGAAAUGCAGGUGUUAUAAUGGUCAAAACAGUAACAAAACAAAAUUAUGGCCAAAAUGUUGUUAUAUAUAUAUAUUUAUAUAUAUGAAUUAAUUUGUAAUAAAGAUACUGUAUCAUCAGCAUACAAUAUGCAUAUUUUGCCAUUUCAUUUCAACUGUUUUUGGCUAAGGAUUUCUUCACUGUUGCCCUAUUAUGUGCCUCUGUGUGAGAAGUGACAUUAUUUAUUGUCUAAACUUAAUAAUACAUUUUCAUAGGAACAAACCACUCCAUAAAUGUACAGCUGAACGUGCCUGUAACAUGUGAGCGUGUCCUGUUUUUGUCUCUGCACGGAAUAGUGGAAUAAAUAAAAGAGUGUU